AUGAGGACUCUGGCUAUUCUGUUGUUUCUUCUUCACUGCUGGGGGGCAUCGGCGCUCUCGCAGCUGUGGGGCCCCCGGGGCCCCUCGAAGACAAUAGAAGGCGAGGACGGGAAGGAGGCUGUCCAGCUGUUGCAAGCUGAAGAACUACGGGCUAUCAUCGGCAGCAGUGGAACCAACAGCAGCAGCAGCAGCAGCAGCAGCAACAGCAGCAGCAGCAGGAAUGAUAGAGGCGAUGGCAAGGAGGCUGCGGUGUUGUUGUUUGCUUCUUGGGAUUCCAGCAGCGCAAGCAGCAGCAGCAGCAGCAAGAGCAGCAGCAGCAACAGCAGCAGCAGCAAGAGCAGCAGCAGCAGCAGCAAGCAGCAGCAGCAGCAGCAGCAGCAGCAGCAGCAACAGCAGCAGCAGCAGCAGCAGCAACAGCAGCAGGAUGCAAGGUCCCUGUGCCGCAGCCUCGGGGUAACUUCUCUGCCUGCCCUCCUCUAUUUCACACCAUAUCCAAUAGGUUCAAAGAAGCAGCAGCAGCAGCAGCAGCAGCAGCAGCAGGGACAGCAGCAGCAACAGCAACCGCAGCAGCAGCAGCGUUUGGGUUUCUUCGAUGAUGAAGAAGAUGCAUUGUUGCAUCCCCGGGCGACGAGGUAUAAGGGGGACCUCCUGAUGAGAGAAGCAAUCGUCGACUGGUUGAAGCUGCUGCGCUGCAUAUCUCGUCUGCAGCGGCUAACAAACAGAAGCAGCAGCAGCAGCAGCAGCAGCAGCAACAACAGCAGCAGCAGUGAGUCACAAGAGCUGCAGCAGCAGCUACAACAGCAGCAGCAAAUCAUCAAGGAACAGCAGCAGCUCCUACUGGAACAAAAAAUGGAACUCGACCGGUUGCGCAGACAGCUGCGUCAGCCGUAG